AUGGCGACCGAAACAGAGACGAAGAUAGAGGUGGCACGGCCGCCAGCGGUAGAAGACGUCGCCGAUGACGUGUCCAGCCACGGCGACGACCAGCCGGCAAAAAAAAAGAGCAAGCGCAAGGCCAGCACGACCGAUCUGCCCGAACUCGAGGUUGACGUCAGCCUGCCGGAGCCGCCGUCCAAGCGGGCCAAGCGUGCGCUGAAGAAGGGCAAGCCGCUGCCGCCGCGGCCGAAUCCGCUCGCCGACAGCAAGGACGACGCCGCCGACGACGACGGUGCCGGAAAGAGCGGCAAGAACGGCAAGAACGGCAAGCCAUCCAAGGAACGGUCUCAAUUUGGUGUCUGGAUCGGCAACCUGGCCUUUACGGUCACGCGCACGCAGCUGUUCCAGUGGCUCGUCGAGAGCUCCGGCGGGACCAUUGCCGAGGCUGACAUCACGCGCGUCAACCUGCCGACGUCGUCGCGUCGACCGGGACAGCCUCCACGGGACCGAGAGGCCGAGCCUGCCGGCGCGGCCGGUGGUGUGGCCCUGGCCGUCCAGAACAAGGGCUUUGCUUACGUCGACUUUGCCACGUACGAGGCGCAGGUCGCCGCCGCCGCUCUGUCCGAGACCGAGCUGGACGGACGGCGCGUGCUGAUCAAGGACAGCAAGUCGUUUGAUGGCCGGCCGGCCAAACCGGCUGCAGUCGCGGCCGACGGCGAGACGGCAGCAGACAAAGACGGAAGCGGAGCGGCAGCAGCAGCGUCGGCCGGUGCUGCGAGCUCUACGGCUACAAAGGUCUUUGUCGGCAACCUCGGCUUCGAGACGACGGAGGAAGACCUGCGGCGGCAUUUUGCGCCGUGCGGAACCAUUGCCUGGGCCAAGGUGGCCACCUUUCCCGACAACACGGAAAAGUGCAGGGGAUACGGCUGGGUGCAGUUUGGCCUGCCCGAGGUCACCGACGGGACGCAGCCGACGCCGGCCGAGGCCGCCGCUUCGGCCGUCUUGGGCUUUGUCCGCAUCAAGGAGGCCGUAGACACAGAAGAGGACUUUGUCGCCGAGGCUCUGGCGGCCGAGGCCAACAAGACAACUGAGACAGACGAGGCGGCCGCCACAGCGACGACACUGUCGGUAAAACCAAAAGAGGCCCGGUUCCGGACGCGCAAGUGGUGGGUCAACAUGCUCAAAGGCCGCACCCUCAAGGUGCAGUUUGCCGAGGACGAUCAGGCUCGGUACAAGAAGCGGUUCGGCAAGGACCGGCCACAGAAGCAGCUGCCACAACAACAGCAGAGGCAGACAGAACAGCCGCAGACCCAACACAAGAGGCCCAGGCAAGAAAAGUGGCAGGACAAGACGGCACGCAAUGAAGAGGCUGCUGCUCCGUCAGACAAGCCCUUCAAGUUCCAAGACCUCAGCAUCGCUCAGCGGACAGGUGCCGUGACAGCGUCGCUGGGCAAGAAAACCAUGUUAGAAUAG